CGGGGGGAUAUUCACCCCGACCGUGUGACUACGCUCUUUCGUCUCUACCUCUCUACCUGUUUUACGUCUUUUCGUCUCUUCGACAUUUCUCUUCUGAUUAUUGCGCUACGGUUGGUCAACAGUCUAGGGCUGUAUUGCCCGAUCUACUGUUGGGACGGUAUAGUCUCAUCGAGUCUGUUUUUAUUUUUGUCAAGAUGUACGGGCCGAGAGUAUGCCAUCAUUGCCGUCUUCCGGGCCACUUUGUUCGUGACUGCCAACUUCGAGGGAUUCCAAACGCUGCGGAAUUAGUGGCCGGAAAUAACGGAGCUUCCUCUUCCGACGGGCUGCUACCUGCUCCAGACGCAUCGACAUCUACCGCUAUCGUUCCUUACCAAGGAGGUGCGAACCAGCAGAGUGGCGGCCAGGUAUCUGGGAAUUAUAGCUACGGUCGAGGUAGCUACUAUUUGCAAGGCUACCAGCGAUACUCAAAGUCAUGGAAUGGCCAAUAUAGGGAUCGGGACAAUGAAAAAUUCGAAAAGUUGUAUGGGCUUUUGCAUGAACAAGUGGAAGAACGGGACGCAAAGAAGAAGGAAGCCAUGCUAACUCAGAAAGCGGAGAAAGACAAGGCGAAAUCAUCGGCAGAGCAAAAGGAGAAGGAGAAGCAUGAGUUGGCUAUGGCCCAUCUGGUAAGAGAGAACAUAAAGAUUAUUUGUGAGAAGGCUUUGGGGAAGAAGGUCGACUUACCGGAAGAUGGGGAGUCCGAGGUGGCACAGUUGAGAAGAGAACUGGAGGCACUUAAGGCUCGGAGCCUUGAACCUGCUAAGGAGAGUGAGUUGGAAAGGUUGAAGAAGGAACGGGAGAUAUUGCUGACACAACAAGAGGAAGAACGACUAAGGAAGGAGGUUGAUGAUCUGCGGAAAGGAGGAAAGCAGAUCGCUUCGAGUGGAAGCUCGAACAAGAAAGAGCAGCAAGAGAUUGCCGAUUUGAAGAAACAGAUUGGGGAUCUGAAGGUGAUCCAAUUUGCACUCGAAGAGAAAAAUAAUGAAGUGGCUAUAUUGCGAGAGGAGAAUUCGCAUUUAAGAAAGGAAUUCAGAGACCUGAAAGAUGAGGUGUGUGCGGCGAGGCUGAGUAAAAGACCUUCUGACGCUGUGACAGAAAGGAGCCCUCCGGAGGAACCAGCGACAGGCAAGGCUAAGGUGACUAAUAGCAGCACUGCCAUGUACACACCUAAAGACAUGGAGACGCUCAGAAAAGCAUAUAAGGAUGCACUCGUCAGCAAGCAGUGGGCGCAAGAGGAGGUGCGGAUGCUCAAGGAGAGAUAUGCGACAAAAUCAGCAGCCAGAAUAAGGCGGAUGCCUACGGUACGAAAAACAACACCACGAAAUCUGAAGAAAAGCUUGAAGAAGGUGGCCACGGAAGAGAUCGCGACGGACAAGGAGGAUUCCGAACAGGAGGAGGAAGAAGGAGAAGCCCUGACGAGGAAAGGGCCGUCUACGGAGCAGACGAAUAAGCAGGCCAGCUAUCGAUACAGAAAGGUGCUGGCCGCAAAGAACAAGGAGCUGAAACCGCUCAAGAAGGCUGAUGUCAUGCCGCUGUGUGACCAGGCAGGUAUAAGUUAUAUCACGCUGACCCAAGCCAAGACCGAUUUGGCUGAGAUCCAAACACGGAUCGAGCUCGGCAUUAUGGAGGAUCCAAACUUGGCUACGCAAAAGGGUGAUCAACCACAGGAGGUCAGUGAUGACGAAGCGGAGGAUCAGUAUGCUACCUCCACAGAAGAUGCCGAGAAGUAGGGAGGCGCCCCGAGUACAAUUCAUUUAUGGGAUUCU